CCGUCCAGCCACCAUCUCCGCCCGUUCCGGCGUCGCUCGCGUCGGCCCAAGCUACACUUCCGUCAUCGCUCGCGUUCGGAUCCGUCAGUGCUCGUCCAUAUCUAGCCUCGCCCGGGGCCGCGAGCUUUGUUCGUCCAUCCACCGCGGGCAAUGACACUGCGACGAGCCGUGACUCGAGUUUGUCCAUCCACCAGCUCACAGUCGUUGCCCGUCCAGAUGGACUGGAGUUGUGCUUUCAGAUCUGGUCUCGUCCAUGGCCGCGAGCGCUCGUCUAUGGCUCGCGAAGCGUCUCGUCCUCUGAUCUAGCGACGGCAGCUUGUCCACAGCCGUGAGCCUUGACGGCGAGCUCGAGAUCCCGACGGCCAUGGACACCGAGCUCAAACAACCAAAAAAAAAAAAAAAAAGUACGGAGGACGAACGGAGGAAUGGAUGUCAGGGGAGACGGUCGGAGCUUGAACGCGGCCACGGACGAUAGACGAGCGGCGCCGACGAUUGCGGCCAUGGACGGCCAGAUCUUGAGAUUAGGAGAACGAGGAGGACGGAGAAGACAAAGGAAGCCGGCCACGCUCCGCCUGGACCCAGCGGUGGCCGCCCUAACCACGGCGGCGGCGGAUCCGCCGGUCGCGACGGCGGGGGAGGGAGCGGAGGUCCGGCGGCUGUGGACGAAGGGAGGAGGAAGAGGAGGGCGCCGACUCCGAGGGGCAAAGAGGGAACAUUUUGUUUUCAACUCUUUUUACCUAAGAUUCCACCUCAAUCGUCGAGGUGGGGUCGGUGGACACGUUUCGACACAUGAGUGGAUUCGAGGGGAAGAAUAUACGCCACACGGGACGCUGACGUGGCCACAUCUAACAUCUGAGAAUUGAGAAUUUUCUCGGAAGGGGAAGGGGACAGGGGUAUUGGGAGUUGACCAGGACCGGCACCGGUCUUGUUCUCUCUCUCUCUUAAAAUAAUCGAGAGUACACGACUCUCGGAGGCCUGAUCAUGGCGACUUCGGAGCCGGAGGUCGAGGCCUCGGGCGGCGCGGGAAAUGGCGGAUCCGACGCCGUCGCGCCCGGCGGCAUCGGAGACCCGGCGGCGGCGCCGGAGAUGGAGGCUCAGGAGCAGAAGAAGAAGAAGAAGAAGGCGAAGAAGGCGAAGAGGAAGUCGUACUUGCCUAGAUUCGCGUGCAUGACGGGAUCGGAGCCGGACGAGGACGGCGGCGUCGACGCGGAGGCCGAGGUCCCCGGAGAUCCUCCCCGCUCUGCUCACCUGGUCAUCAUGGUUAACGGCCUCAUCGGCAACGAUGGGGAUUGGAGAUUCGCUGCGAAGCAGUUUAGGAAACAGUAUCCAGGGAAAGUUGUUGUUCACUGCAGCAAGUCUAACGCUUCGAGGUUGACAUUUCAUGGUGUUGAUGUUAUGGGGCAGAGAUUAGCAGAAGAGGUUAAGUCAGUCGUAAAGGAUAACCCCACUGUUCAGAAAAUUUCAUUCAUUGGUCAUUCACUAGGCGGUCUGGUAGCAAGGUAUGCAGUUGCAAAGCUUUAUGAAAGUGGUCCAGCCAGUGAACCUACUAAAGUAAAUGAAGAAUGUGGGAGUGAAGGACGUGGAAAUCAUCACCGAGAAGAUAAAAAUACAGAUAAAAUUUGCGGACUGGAACCUGUGAAUUUUAUAACUUCAGCAACACCUCAUUUAGGUUCAAAAGGUCACAAGCAGGUCCCAAUUUUUUGUGGCUUUUACUCCUUGGAAAACCUUGCUGUCCAUUCAUCACGCUUGUUAGGCAAGACUGGUAGACAUUUGUUUUUGACAGACGGUGAUGAUGGCAAACCUCCUCUUCUUCUCCAAAUGGUCGAGGACAGUGAAGAUAUUAAAUUUAUCUCGGCUCUGAAGUCCUUCAAGCGUAGGGUUGCUUAUGCAAAUGCACAAUUUGAUCACCUAGUUGGAUGGAGUACAUCAUCGCUUAGGCACCAGAGCAAUCUUCCUAAGCGUGAACAUCUAUCAACAAGAGAUAAAAGAUACCCACAUAUUAUAAAUGUGGAACCGCCAAAACCAAACUCCUUCAAGCAAGAAGACUCUUCAGAAUAUAAAAUUGAUUGGAGAAACACUGCUGAUUUGGAAGAGAUAAUGCUGAGAAGAUUAACUAGAUUGAGCUGGGAACGUGUAGACGUAAGCUUCAGUGGAAGUAAACAGCGAUAUUUUGCUCACAGUACCAUUCAGGUGAAAACUCAGUGCCUCAAUUCUGACGGUGAAGACGUGAUCCAGCACAUGAUUGACAAUUUUUCUGUGUGAGCGAGUACAUUUUGUCGGCUAUAUAUAUGCGGACGAAAUUGCUCCUACUAGCCUCUCGCAAGAACCAGUGCAAGGAAUUUUGAAGUGAUCUCUAGGAAACGUCUACAAAGUCGGCAAGUUGGAAUGGUUUGACACAGUUUAUGAAGCAGGUGAGCUUUGCAUAUCGUAUCGGAGCCACAGAUGGAUUCACAGAGGGCGAUUGCGAGAGAGACUAGACCCACUGCCGCAAUUCCUUGCAGUUCCUUUUGACACGAGCAUGAUGAUGGAAGAGUCGACCGGGUGAAAAACGAAGUUAGAUUGUAUUGGAAGCACUCUCUUAUGUAUCUGUUUUAUAUUUUGGCUAUGUCAUCCACCCCCCCCAAAAAAAAAAAAAAAAAACCCCAAAAACCCAAAAAGAAAUCCCCACUUGAAGUAAAAAGGCUGUGCUGAGAGAGGCCCUAAAAUCGUAGGGAUGACCUCCCCAGUACUUGAAACUUUUUUACAAUCGAGUAUCUAAUUUUUCUUUGUUCGAUCAUAUACCUCAAUUUUUCAAAUUUGACUCAACGUGAGACCUCCAUUAAAA